UUCUCCUUCCUGCGACCAAGCUCUGGUCUUCCUCUUCUCCUCCUCUUCUUAUAGAGCGGUUGCACAAGCAGAGGAAAGUACGCUGCAACGAUGGCCGGAGGUCAGCUCCAAGUGCUCGGGGCACUCGACCUUGCCAAGACGCGGUGGUAUCACUUCACGGCCACCGUCAUUGCUGGCAUGGGCUUCUUCACCGACGCCUACGAUCUCUUCUGCAUCUCCUUCGUCACGAAGCUCCUUGGCCGCAUCUAUUCCUUCGACCCCAACUCGAAAUCACCCGGGACGCUCCCGCCCAACGUGUCCGCUGCCAUCACCCGCGUGGCCUUCUGUGGUGCCCUCUCUGGCCAGCUCUUCUUCGGGUGGCUCGGCGACAAGCUUGGACGCAAGAAGGCGUAUGGCAUGACGCUCAUGCUCAUGGCCAUCUGCUCCAUCGCGAUCGGUCUCUCCCUCGGUCACACCGCCAAGGGCGUCAUGGCCACCCUCUGCCUCUUCCGCUUCUGGCUCGGCUUUGGUGUCGGCGGCGAUUACCUGCUCUCCGCCACCAUCAUGUCGGAGUACGCCUACAAGAAGACCCGUGGCGCCUUCAUCGCAGUCGUUUUCACUACGCAGGGCUUCGGCAUCCUCACUGGCGGAAUCGUCUCCAUCAUCAUCUCCGCCGCCUUCAAGGAGCGCUUCGACUAUCCGGCCUACAGGGACGACCGCACCGGCUCCAGCGUCCCGGAGGCCGACUACAUCUGGUGCACAACUCUCAUGCUGGGCGCCCUCCCGGCUGCCUUAACCUACUACUGGCGGAUGAAGAUGCCAGAGACCGCGCGGUACACUGCUCUUGUUGCCAAGAACGCGGAACGGGCGGCCCCCGACUUGGCCAAGGUCAUUCGAAUUAAGAGAGAAAGAGUUCUCUGGAAUAAUUCGAUUAGAGUGAGGAGAAACUAUGUGUCUGAUAGCAUCAUGCCCAGUAUAUAG